GUUAAAAUAUAAAUAAAUGUAGUGUCACUCAAAAAUAUAAUUGAGAAGGCAUUGAAGAGUAGAGUGGUGGAGGAUCUAUUUAGUGUCGUCGUCGGAGAAGUGUUGUUUGUGAAUUUUAUUCGUCUGUAAAAUAAAGAAAAUGCCUGAAUGCUGCAGUAAUCAAUCAACACUGAUCGUUCCAGACAUCGAUUUUCAUUUGUGAUCAGAACAGAAUCUGGAAAAACUAACAACCUACCAAAAUCUAAGAAAACGUAAAACCCUAUAAUGUAAUUGAACGCUUUUCCUUAAAUUUCUACCAACUUAGGCACACGACGACACAAUUUCAGUUGAUAUUUAUUUGAUUUAUAAUCGAAAACAAAAACAAUUAUGUCUGCUAAUACAUUCGAUACCAGCCAGCUAUCAAGUCAGCUAUGCCUGUAUGUGUUGGUAGUUGGUAAUCAUUUAUUAAUUUCGACUCCUAGUUUGCUGUAAAUAUUGUAGAAAAGUAGUUCUUCACAGUCCUAACACACCGCCAAUACUAGUCAAUUUACUACUGUUAUUACACUAAUUUAUUAAUUUAGAAAAAUUUCACGCCCACUCCUACGAUAAUUAGUUAUUUAUUUUGAAAGGACUCGAAAUACUUCUGCUGUUACUUCGCUAAUUCGUUUUGAAAGAAUUCCAUAGUUUCACUUAAGACUCUCCACUUGUACUCGUCAACAACUUCUUGUCUAUUGCAGACUUGAGACUCGCCUUCCCAUUAUCAACUGCUUCGACAAUAUAGUUUUGAUUGGAAAAACGAUUCUAGUUUUGAAAAAUUUGUUUACUUCGUCAACAACAAUAAAGUUUUUCAGUUUUCCCCCACGAAUAGAUCUAACUCCUCUACUUGGGAUCAUAAAAGACUUUGACAACUCAUUACAAUUACAAAAAUAUCCCACUAUUUCACUUGACAUUUUCUUGCCAUAUCUUCUACGUUAAUUUAUUUUGAAAGAAAUAAGACCGUUCCACUGUUGUUUACUCGUAAAUAUUAGUUGGUUUUUGUGGCGACUUUUGUACGGACAUACACGAUAGUUUUAGUUUGGUUGUUUAGUAUUCGUUCCACCCUUAUCAAUUGGCGCAUGCGCGGUACUGAGUCACAUUGUGCGCGCGCAUGAAAUGAGCAGCAGUGCACAACGCGCGUUCCCAACAACAACGACCAGAAACAAUAAGAACAACAACAACCACUUGUCGCCGUCGCACCUUGAUGACGUUCGCGGGGUAGGCAGGUCGGGCGGAGGGGGAGGUUACCAUUCGUCGGUGGUGGUCGGUGGUGUCACUUUGGCGUCGUCCCUCGGACACCAGCGCAACUCGUUUCUGCGCACGCGUCAGUCCAGAGAGCUGUUCCGCAGUCGUUCCGAAUCGGGACCGUCAUCUAGGUUGGACGGUCAUACGCAUUCGAACGUGAACAAUAACGUGAAUUUAGCGCAGGUGAACAGUAGCCGUGAGUCACCUGUGAGACUGAGCAAGCAAGUGAGCGGAGCAGGUCGACUAGUGCGCACUCCAGCUGCUAACACGGGAACUGGCAACUCCAGCCUCGGUCAUACGUCGCCUGCCUCUGCCGACAAAAAGGGCAGACAAGGCUCGCUGUCACGUCUGCAGUCGUCGUCGCACAGUGAGCGUGAGAGGGGUGGGGGUGGCGCGACGGGGUGUGUGGGGGGGCUGGUGCGGCGGGGCUCGCUGACGGGUGGUGGAGGGGGGGUCACGUCGCGCAGUGCUACCAACCUGACAGCGGCGGAAGGCGGCAGCGGGGCCGGGGGCGGCAGGCGAGGCAGGGCUGCCAACUACCAUCGCAGCCAUAGCAGGGAGCGGGGAGGCGGUGCUAUCCAGCCGGUCAACGGCAAUGCGCCCACUGAGGUUGUACAUCCGCCAUCGCCGCCUCCCCUCGGCCAGCCGCCGGGCGAAGAGCCGCCGGAUCUGGUGGCAGAGGAGAGCAGUGACGUCAUCACUGAGCCAACCGACCGCAGUGACGUCACCACUGAGCCCACUGACAGCAGUGACGUCGUCACCGCAGAAGAGGCAGUGGCGGCUCCGAACCCGACUGCCGCAACCGCCACCGCAGUUACGGUUGCCGCAGUUGAGCAGCCGGAACAACAGUCGUCUGAGGAUGAUGAGGAGAAGGCGGUUGGUGUAUCGCCUGAUGGAAGGUUCCUAAAGUUUGAGGAGGAGAUAGGGAGAGGUAGCUUUAAGACUGUAUAUAAGGGUCUCGACACGCAGACCGGUGUGGCUGUGGCAUGGUGUGAAUUGCAGGAGAAAAAGUUGAACAAAAGCGAGAGACAGAGGUUUAGGGAGGAGGCAGAAAUGCUAAAGGGCCUGCAGCACUCCAACAUCGUUCGUUUCUACGACUACUGGGAAGUAACGCUUACUAAAAGAAAAUACAUUGUACUAGUCACUGAGCUUAUGACGUCCGGCACGCUUAAAACCUACCUGAGACGUUUCAAAAAGAUCAACCCGAAAGUGCUGAAGUCGUGGUGCCGACAGAUCCUGAAAGGCCUGUCGUUCCUGCACUCGCGGUCGCCGCCCAUCAUCCACCGCGACCUCAAGUGCGACAACAUCUUCAUCACCGGCACCACCGGCUCGGUCAAGAUCGGUGACCUCGGCCUCGCUACACUCAAGAACCGGUCCUUCGCCAAGUCCGUCAUUGGUACGCCGGAAUUCAUGGCGCCGGAGAUGUACGAGGAGCAUUACGACGAGAGUGUGGACGUGUAUGCGUUCGGCAUGUGUAUGCUGGAGAUGGCCACCUCUGAGUAUCCAUACUCUGAAUGCACGGGUCCGGCUCAGAUCUACAAGAAAGUCGUGUCGGGUGUAAAACCACAGAGCUUUGAAAAAGUCGAAAACCCAGAAGUGAAGGAUAUAAUUGAACGAUGCAUUCGUCUAAGGAGGGAUGAAAGACCGGGCAUCAAAGAGCUGCUGCUGGUGGAGUUCUUCGCGGAGGACGUCGGCCUGAAGGUGGAGCUGGUGUCGUCGCGUGAGGAGGCCAUCGCGCAGGAGUCAACCCGUGUCGAGUUCAGACUGCGCGUGCUCGACCCGAAGAAGCGCAGUCACAAGCAUAAGGAAAAUGAGGCCAUUCAGUUUGAGUUCGACAUGGCCACUGAUGUCGCUGAUGAGGUGGCGUUUGAGAUGUCGCGCUCAGGCCUGUUGCUGGAAGAGGAUGCUCGCACCGUUGCCAAACUGCUCUUGGCGCAGGUCCAGUCUCUCAAUCGCGAGCGGGAAGAGAGGCGAGCUGAGGGGGCCAACGCCAAUGCAACUGCUGCCGGAGGAGCUCAAAAUGCCGGAACUGAGGAGACGAUUGUAAAUAUUGGCAAUGAUCCAAACAUGAUUCCUACGCAAGCAAACAACGCUUAUCCUACCCAACAGCAAUUCACUGGACAAAAUCAACAGGCUAGUCAGCAGCAUUUGAUGCAGCAGCAGCAGCAACAAAUGCAGCAAAUUGUUGAUCAGCAAACCACCAACGUCCAGCCCACUUAUUCAGCAGUGGUGCAGCAAAGUCAAAAUAAUGUUAUUCAGCAGCAGAAUCAGCAACAACCUGUGCUAACCCACCAGCAAUCAACUGCUGAACAGAAUGCUUACAUGCAGCAACAGAGUCAGCAUGUAAAUAUGAGUCAGCAGCAACAUUAUGCUGCAGAAGCAAAUUUGAGUCAGCAACAACAGCAAUUUGUUCAACAGAAUCAGGAGAAUCUGGUGCAACAGUUUGUUCAGCAGAAUAAUGCUGCAGUUGAUAGCAAUCAGCAGCCGCAACAUUUUGUUGCUGAAACGAAUUUGAGUCAGCAGCAACAGCAGUUUGUUCAGCAGAACCAGGAGAAUCUGGUGCAACAGUAUGUGCAACAAAAUCAGGAAACGCUGCAACAGAUGAAUCAGAAUGAGCAGCAUCUGAACUAUCAGCAGGCUGGCAAUGAGAGUGGAAUGGUUAUGCAGAAUCAGAUGAUUAAUCAGCAAAACCAUCAGGAGAUGCAAAACCAUAUACAGGAGCAACAGGUUCAACAGUCUAUGCAUCAGAUUGUCACCUCUCAACAACAGCUCCCCACAAUCCACUCCACUGAGCAGCAAAUGUCGCAUCAGACCACGUACUACACGCAACCCAUGCAAACGACAGUCAUGCAACAUCAGCCUCAAGACAUGCAGUCACAUGUUCUGCCACCGGUCGAAGUCACUUCAGUCCAGUCUCAGCAGCAACAACAGGAUACUUUCUCUUCUUCCUCACAUCAAGCACAGCAGCAGUCAGCACCAGUUGUCACAAAUGUGCAACAAUAUCAGCCGAAUCAGCAAAUUCCAAAUGCACAAAACGUGCAAACAGUUGUUGACAUGCAACCAACCCAACCAUUCGAUUAUCAACAGAUGACAAAUCAGGCAAAUACUCAACCAGCUGUUGAUUUCAGUCAGCAAACCAACAAUCAAAAUCCACCAGAAUAUAACCAGCAACAGUUUCAGCCACAAAUUCCAAUUGGUGGUCAGCCUUUUGAUCAGCAGAAACAGCACGAUGUCAAUGUGCAGGUGAAUCAACAAGCCCAAACCCUGCAAAACAAUCAGCACAUUGACUAUCAACAGCCACUCCAGUCACAGCCAAAUCUGGGCGUGCAGCAACAGAAUCUAAAUCAACAACCACCAAUCUUGCAACAAAAUGUUGAAUACCAUAAUCAGCAGUUGCCAGCACACACAAUGCCUGUACAGCAGAAGAAUGUUGAGUAUCAGAGUAAUCAACAGCAAAUCAGUCAGCAACAAUAUCAACAAAAUGUGGCUGCCCCUGGUCCAGCAACUAUUGACUAUCAGGCUCAGCAGAAUGUGUCUCAGAAUGUGCAAAAUAUUGAUUACAACAAUUUGCAACAAAGUAUUCAGCAAUUGAUAAUGCCUCAACAUUCCGCCAAUCAGCAGCAGGUGGCCAAAGAUACCCCCGCGAUCAAUCAACAGGUGCAUCAACAACAACAGCAGACAUUUCAAGAUUCAGUCGACUAUCAUAAAGCUCGCCAAAGUGUUGAUUAUCAGAUGCAGACAAAUCAACAGAAGAAUAUUGAAUAUCAGAAUCAAAUAGCAGCAAGUGCUCAAACAGCUCAGUUCCAGGCCCAGCAGGCAGCUGUUGUUCAGCCUCCAGUUGAUUUGCAGAACUUCAACAGCUCUCAGCUCCAGCAACCAACCCUGCAGAAGGUUCCAUCAAAUCUGGAGUUUCAACCCCAGAUACAGCAACAGAAUCUAGAGUAUCAACAGAUGCAGCAAAUUCCACAGCAAGUUGAUUAUCAACAAUCAAAACAGAUCCCUCAGCAAGUUGAAUAUCAACAGAUGUCACAGAAUGUGGAGUAUCAACAAGGACAGAUUCAACAAAUCCCCCAGAAAGUUGAAAAUCAACAGGUAACAAUGGAGUAUCAACAAAUUCCACAAACACAACAGAUUCCAGUUGAUUAUAAACAGAUCCCACAGAAGGUGGAAUAUCAACACACACAGCUUCAACAAAAUGUUGACUAUCAACAAAUACCACAAAAAGUUGAUUAUCCACAAUUGCAGGUUCAACAAAGUAUUGAUUAUCAGCAACUUCCACAGAAACUGGAAUAUCAACAUGCUCCACAAAACGUUGAUUACCAACAGAUUUCUCAGCAAAUUCAACAUCAACAAGGCAGUCAGAUUCCUCAAAAUGCAGACUACCCUCAGCAAAGUUUGCCAAAUGUCAUCGAAUAUCAACAGCCCAAACAAAAUAUUCAUCAGAAUAUAGAGCUCCAGCAAUCUCACCAGACUCUACCAAACAUUGAGUAUCAGCAACCGAAGCAGAUUCCCCAGAAUAUUGAAUUCCAACAACAUAUUCUACAGAAUGUUGAUUACCAGCAACAACAAAAGAUUCCUCAGAAUGUAGACUUCCCUCAGCAAAUGCAACAGACUCAGAAGAAUAUUGAAUACCAACAAGCCCACAAUCUUCCUCCAAAUAUUGACUUCCAACAAUCCCAACAGGUUCCACCAAACAUUGAAUAUCAAAAGCCACCCCUACAGAAUAGUGACUUCCAGCAACAAAUUCCCCAGAAUAUAGAUUUUCAGCAACAAAUCUCACAAAACAUUGAAUAUAAACAGCCACAGCAGAUUCCUCAGAAUAUUGACUUCCAACAACAGAUUUCACAAAAUCUUGAAUACCAGCAGCCGCAGCAGAUACUGCACAAUGUUGACUAUCAGCAGCAACAGAUGCAACCAAGUGUCAACCAGCAACAUCAACAACAGCAACCCCAGGUCAGCAAGCCAUCGGACUUCAGCAGUCAAACGCAGCUGGUGCAGCAGCAGCCGAUGCCUGUUCAGCAAUCAGCGGCUGGUCAAGUACAGUCUAGUCAGGUUCAGCAAGUACAGACCAGUCAAGUGCAGACACCGGUGGUGCACUUGCCUGUGAGCCAGCCCAAUCAACAGGUGGUCGGUGGAGUUGCCCUGCAACAGCAAACAGCUGACUCAGCAAGUCAGCCUCAGAUGAUGGCUGCUGCUAUGGAUCAAUAUCAUCAACAAAUGAAUCAGACCAAACAAGAGCAACAGCAACAGCAGCAACAACAGGCCUUACCACCUACCAGCCAAUCUUUGGCAGCCCCUCUUUCCCACCCCCAAUUGGUGUCCGAGCAACAACAGUAUUUCACACCCCCACAAGGAGUUACAACAGUAUUCAGCUUUCCCACCCCUGGACACGACACCCCACAACUUUAUCCUCAGGGCCCUGUAUCUAGCUAUCCCGGCACAAGCACUGUAUUUACGCCUGUCUUUUCGCCAGCCUCAGCUGUUUAUUCCACAACAUCAAAGAAUGAAGUACUACCCGUCAAUGUGGUCCCCGACACCAUACCAAAAGCAGGGGAAAUAUGUACGCAAGCACCAAGCGCCCACCAAAAACCAGCUGACGUAAGUGAAAUGAACCUACUCCAACAGCAACACCCCCCCUCCCAAAUGCUGUAUACGGCUCCCACUGCGACUAGCUCCCCCUCCUACUACCAACCUGACCAACAAACUACCACUCAGUUCUACCAACCUCCUCGUGAUCCAUACUCUCAGAUGCAAGGCGCCUACUGUCCCCCAAUGAUGAGUCAUCAGGACGGCCACACGCACAGUGUCGGCUAUGUUGAUGAUUCGAUUCGCAAAAUAUCCACAGACUCGUUCCACUCGGCGCCCGACUCCCAGUUACAAUAUCAGCAACCAAUUCUAGAAAUGCCGACACAACAUGUUGCGCAGCAAACGUUGCCGACAAUUGUUGCCAGCAGUGAAACCAACCUACAAAAUCUAGCGCCGAUGACCACCUACCCACAACAACCAUCAGUUGUUCCCCCUCAACAGACCCCUAUGGUUCCGCAACAACCUCCCCUAGUUUUACAACAAACACCAAUGGUCGCUCAACAACCGACGGUUGUACCGCAACAACCUGUCGUGCAACAACAGCCACUAGUCUCUCAACAACAGCCACUUAUCCCACAACAACCUCCCGUAGUUUCCGUCACAAUAUCUGACUCCUCAUCGCCGGCUAUUGUAACGCCGUCUAGCGGUGCUGUCGAGAACCUUGCUCCGUCACCAUCUGCCAACGUUCCAAUCGGCAUGACGUCGUCACCUUCUAAUGUCAUCGGAGUGACGUCAUCACCUUCGAAUCUCAUAGGAGUGACGUCAUCACCUUCGAAUCUCAUCGGAGUGACGUCAUCACCUUCGAAUCUUGUCGGAGUGACUCCAUCACCCUCUGCUGCCCUGGAAGAGGUUGUUGUGGUGGAUGGCAACAACACGGCAGCAGCAGCAGCAACAACAACAACAUUGUCUUCUGAUGUUGGCACAGCAUCGUCAGCGAUCAGUGUGACUCCAUCGGUUGCCAGCCUCCCCGAUGAACAGGACUCUAGUCAACAGGCUCAAGAGAGUGAAUCGAGUACUUCGAUUAAUCCAUCAGACAGUGCGGAAUCGACGGAAGGCGGUCGCUCGAAGAAGGCGUCUACGGCACAGGCGCCGGUGAAGCGUCGCAGCCGGCCGUCUGGCCCCAAGCUGGCAGUGCUCAGUGCCAAGGAGGGCGUGGUCGAGUGCCAGCUCGAAACGGGCAAGGCCAAGACUGUCACCUUCCGCUUCAACCUCGACGACAUGAAUGCCGAUGACAUCGCCAAGAAUCUGGUUGGUGAAAAACUGUUGUCACCGGCUCAUGCAGAACUGCUUGGCGAACUGCUACGAGAUCUGGUACGACAGUUGAAGGAGCAGCCCGAUCGUCUACCGGUCAUUGACCCCACUUCUAGUCCUACGCAUGCGCGUAAACCAAGGGUUCGCCAUCCUUCUCUCACAAGACAGCGUGCCACCUCAUCAUCACACAUUCGGACUCACAGGAGGCAUCGUUCGAAGGAUGAGAGCACUGCUUUUAGUAGUAGUGCGUCAGCCUCCCAAUCCCAGGAAGAUGGCCAGACUCAGUCAGCUGGUUCCUCGCCGGCCAAUCUCACUCAGCCGCAUACUCCUACUCGUAAAAUAUCCAGGUUCCUUGUUAGUCCAGUCGUUGAAUCCCCAAAUAAGGUGACCGAGCCAAAUCCCGCCGAAUCUUCGCCGAGCUCUGAGCUGUUAACAGUUCCCCCUCCCACGGCGCCACAGUCCGAAUCUGUUACGCCCUCUUCUGCUGAAAUUGAAGGAGUAGAAUCGAACACGUUUGAUUCGAUGGCGGUGGGAGCGGCCUUAUCGCAAACGUCGAGCUCUCCAGCGACGGCGCAGUUGACACCCGAUAACACCAUCACACCCAACGCUAACCUCAACGGAGAGUCACUGCAGGAGCAGCAUGCUAAGCUGUCGCAUCAGAACUCACUUGAAAACAGCACAAUAGGUUCGCUAGGAGGCGGCUUAGGUGGUGGGGCAGGUGUCGGGGGUGCGCGUGGCACCAUAGCUGACCUACAGCAGAAGCUGGUGCAGCUGACAGGGGCCAGCGAGGGGGGGCAAGGGGCGCCGAGUGAGCUGAGCAUAGGGGGCACGCCCACGCCUCCCUCGCACCCCGCCACGCCGCACACGCAGACCACCUACGACAUGUACAUGCAGACGCUCCAGCAGAAGUUGGCCUCAAUCAGCAUGCACAACGGACAACAGCUGGGCCCGUUAUCACCACAGAGUACACUGCACUUAGCGGCGGGCGCCGGCGGCAGUUCCAGUGGCGGCGACCCGGGGGCGAGCGAAGCGGGGCUGGCGGUGGACGUUGGCUGCGCGACCAGUGCGUCUGCACCACUACUUGUGGCCGCCACUUCUGUCACACAAACACAACCACCACCACCAAUCACCGAGCCACCCAUCCUACCUACAGUUAUUAAUUUAUUGGUUCAAUUCCAGCUUACGACCGAUUCAGGGAUGCCGUCGCCAGUUGCCAAAGAAGAUAAGUCAUCAUCAGCUGAUAGUAAAGCGGCAGCAGCAUCAUCAUCAUCAUCCACAACGGCCAAUCGUCCCACCCAUGCUCCGCUAGCCGACUUCCACAACUUAGAACAGGAAUUGGCAAAACUCCACCGCCGGGAUCUACCCGCUACAAUUCUCAUUGCUCCUCAUCACACAUUGUCUUCAACUAAUCAAAAUCAGGUAUCAGGGUUAUUGGCAACAGUUCAGCCGGUCAUAGUCAAGAAGGAACCACAUAAUCAGAACAAGGAUUCGUCAUCGGAAGGUGGCGGGCAAACGUUGGCAGUGGGGGCUGAGAAUGCUGACAGCUCGUCGUCGUCAUCUAGUCUGUUGUCGGUGGGUGGUGGUGGGGGAGGGGGAGAGCAGAAGCCAACUGCCACUCGCAAGAUAUCGCGAUUCCAGGUGACCACCGUACCUGAGAAAAAGGGCGAUGCCAGCACCACUCUACUCUACACCACCGAUUCUAGUCAAGCGGAAGGGGAACUGAAGCAGGCCUCUAUCACAAGUAUACCGGGCUCUCAGAUUCUCUUAAUGGACAAUCUGUCUGAUUCGUUUCAUUCAACGCAAAGUUCGCUUUCAGCUACUCCAUCCACAAACCAGCAGCUGCCACCGAUGCCACCACUGCAGCAGCAGCAGCAGCAACAACAGGUGCCUGCAGCCACAAUGCCCGCGUAUUUAGCGCCGCAACAUCUGCCCUACUACCAGUGGGCGGUGCCGCCUCCCGCUCCGGGCCCUUUGCGACGUCGCUCGGCCGCGGGGCGACCCUACCGUGACAGUCUGCGGCAGCGCGAAACCAUGCGACGCGUGCGCAGUGUCAACCUGGCCUCUAUCAAUGAUGACGUCACCAACAAGUACUGGUGUCAACCGGCCGACACUGUUGGGUUGAGGCGGACGCUCUACGAUCAAGCAGUCAUGAUGCAAGCUGUAAACAAGUUGGGUCAACAACAGGUAAUGGAGAAUGUAAGACUGCAACAGCCCGGCAGGAAAUUGGGGCAAUUUGAACAACAGACUGGAGCAAAUAGUGUAAAUUUUGAUCAGCCUGUGAGAAAACUGGGACAAUAUGAACAACAAAUUGGAACAAACAUCAAUUUUGAGCAGCCUUUGAGAAAACUGGGACAAUAUGAACAACAGAUUGGAACAAAUGUCAAUUUCGAGCAGCCUUUGAGAAAAUUGGGACAGUAUGAUCAAGGAAUAGAGAAUACAAGGUGUGAGAAUCAACCGGUGAGAAAAGUUGGACUGUCGGAAAAUGCUAUGUUUGAUUAUAGAAUACCACCAAAUCAGUAUGACCAACAGUAUAACCAACCAAUAAACACAAUGGUUAGAGCAGUAGAUAACACGAGGGGUGAUUUUAAAGUGCCGGCACUGCCUGUCAAAAUGCUGAAUGAGCAGAACGUUCGGAUGCGGAAAGUGGGGACGGCUGCUCCUCCGCUGCCCGGUGCGAAGGAAGCAGUUGAUGAAGAGAAGGAAGCGGGAAGGCAACUGUGUCGGUGGCCGAGUGAUGGAUUUCUGGCGGCAAAAGAUAAAGUUGAAGAUGUGGAAGACAAAAGGUAUCGCAGGACCAGUUUUGGCUCGAAAACUAAGAAACGCCCAAAAAGAAUUCCAAAUUCCUACAGUUCGGAACCUAAAGAUCUGCUGCGUGCCCGUUUGAAACAAACUCAAAGUAUGAUGGAUCUAGGGGAGGAGUCCAGUUGGACUAACUAUGAGAAUAGAAUACAACAGGAACAGUAUGACAGGAUGCAUCAGGAACAACAGCAUCCUGUGAUGACGUCAUCGGUGACUACUGUGCAUGCGCCGGACCCAGUAGCCUAUCACCGAGCGUCGUGGAGUUGCUAUGACAACCAGCGUCUGCAGGAAAGCGCGCGAACUUCGAGCUGGUCUGACCUGAGCGCGCAUCACCAGCGCAUCUAUCGGCCUUGGUUCGAUGCCUCGAAAUCGCCCACGGGUGCUACCGAACGUCCUUCCAAUACUUCAGUAGAAGCGAGCAGUGAAGAGCUGAGAACGUUGCUAAAACGGCAACAAAUGGAGUUGGAAGCAAUGCAAGAAAGGCAUAGGAAAGAAGUUGAGGCGCUGUGUCGACAACUAUCUGGGGUGUCCACUGUACUCUACCAGGCUGUGUGUCCAGCAGGAUCGAAUAACGGGGGGCAAAGCCAGCCAGGGGGGAGCCUGGACGGGUACAGCACAGCGCCGCAGUCCCCCGAUACCCAAUCACGGCCUUCGACGCCCCCACCACAGCCCGCCGCCCCCGGCCCCAUCUUCCAGAUAGCCACCGCCGCCCCCGGAGCAUUCUACUUUCAGCCCACCUCGCUCCGCCUCCUCUAUCCGCAGCCGCCUCCACAACAGGCGCCAAACGAGCAAAGAAUUGCAAUACGCCAAGUGACUCAUGUCAUUCAUGAAGGUGUUUCAUUUGAGUUCAAGUAUUUGUAAAUGACGAAGAAUUGAAAAAAUAACGAAAUAAUAUCAAGGAAUUUUAUUGUAAGAAAAUGUGUGAAUGGAUUAUUGAACAGAACUGAAAAAAAUUGUCGAAGUUGUAAAUAUAUAAAUAUAUAUUUGGAAAUGUAUCGAAAAAAGUUGUUGAGUCCAUUUUUAAUGCAAGUAUUCAUAGACCGUCACGCAGUACGUAAAUUGCUUAUUUUAGUAAACUUGACUAUAUUUUUAGGUGCGUAUUUAUCUGAGUAAAUUAACAGCUUUCAAGUCUUAAAUCAGUAAAACUGAAAGAUUCUAUUCAAACCUGAAAUUUCUGAUUUUCAAUAAUAGGAAAUGAUCACGUAACAUCCAGUAAAUCUGUGAUUGAAGUUAGAAUACAUUAUUCUCUCAUAAGAACUCAGUAAUAUAAUUAAGGCAUUCUUCUACCGUAUAAAAUUCCACUUUUUCCAACCAUCAAUCGAAUUUCUUCAAUCUAGUUACACCAUCUACAGAGAAAAACUAUAACUUAGUUUCAUUCUAUUCAACUAAUUCAGUAUUUGAAAAUUAUGAUUAUGGCUUUCUUUUUAGUGAAUAAAUCUGAUUCAAAGCUGGGUUCACAAGUAGGCUAUUCAUGAUUAUUUUCAAAAGCAAGAGUAUUAUAGCCACCGCCACCUCUAAUGUAUUGGAGGUAGCUAUGGUAUUAUUUAUAUUUCAAAAAUAUUAAAUUCUUUCUACUAGAUCUUAUGUGGAUAAGUUUGCAUUUUUGCAUCGAUAUAUAUAUUCACAUGUCAUUAGACAAAUGAAUAACAUAAGUUUUUGAUUAGUUGAAUAUUUUGGGCAGUACACAGUAAAAACCUGAGAAUUUUAUUGUUUUUCAUUGAAGAAAUUUUAGCU